AUGCACGGAGUAAAACGCCAGACUCAGCAGGCCAUCGUAGAUCGCAAACAACGCGAGAAAUCCAAGAUCGAGGGCUUGCUGAAGCUGACUGAUGCUGUUCUCGAUCGUAAGAAGGGGAAGGAUUGGAGUGCAGAAGCGUUCGAUGCCACGACACAGCUUCUGACCGUAAAUCCCGAAUUCUACACUAUCUGGAACUACAGACGGAACAUCCUGCUGAAUGGAUUGUUUCGCGAAAGCACCCCUGAGGAUAUUAAUGAACUACUGUCUGGGGAACUCGCGCUGACGAUGAAAUUCCUGCAAUCUCACCCCAAAGUCUACUGGAUAUGGAACCAUCGCCAGUGGUGCCUCCAGAACGUCCCCCAAGGCCCUGGUAGCGACUUGGAUGGGUGGAGGAAGAAGUACUGGGCCUUCGAGCUUCAGGCCGUCGAGAAGAUGCUGAAUGCAGAUGCCCGAAACUUCCACGCGUGGAAUUACAGGCGUUACGUGCUAGCUAAUAUGUCCGUGCCUCGACCCGAGUCAUCUGAGCUCACAUACACGAUGAAGAAAAUAGAAUCGAAUUUCUCCAACUUCAGCGCGUGGCACCAACGUUCAAAGGUAUAUACGUCCCUAUGGCAUCAGGGAAAGCUAGACCCCAUCAAGUCAAAGGAGAAAGAAUUUGAACUUGUGCGGAACGCUAUGUACACGGACCCAGACGACCAGAGCAUAUGGAUGUAUCACCGCUGGCUGGUAGGCCUAGGGCACGAUAAGGAGCUCCUUGAGCGCGAAAUAGGGGUGAUCCAAGAGUUAUUGGAAGAGCAGCCAGAUAGCAAGUGGUGUAUGGAAUCAUUGGUACACUACAAGCGUCUGAUCCUAACCAACUAUCCUUCGGACCGUGACAAAGACUUGGUGGCCGACUGUGUGCGGCUGCUCGAUCAACUCAAGGACAUCGACUCUGCUAGGCGACAUCGAUACGAAGAGAUACACCGGGCUGUUGUAAACAUUAGCACUCAUCCAUAA